ACCGAGCCACCCAGAACUGCACUCAGGCCAGAUUCACUCAAUUCCACCUCCGGCCAUGGGCCAUAUUCAGGAUUUCUCCCAGGGAUCUGCCCUGGAGGAGCAUUGGGGGUAUGUCGCCCGCCAGAUCCCCUGCACCAAAGAUGCCGGCACCUGCGCCUAUCUGGACGCCACCUACCAUGGCCAUGAUGUCAGUAUGCUCUACAGCUUCAUUCUGUGGGCGGUGAUUGUCGGAAUCUUGUUCCUGUGGGCGCUGGGCGGCCGACUCAUUCGUAUCGAUCGGGCCACUACUGUGCCCUCGCCAAAAACCACCCAUCAGAGUGCAGCCUAUCGGUUAAGCAGGACGAUUCAAGCGGCCAUCCGACGGCAUCUGCUCCCUGAGGCCUGGCCCUGGGUGUUUGGACACACGACCCGACUGCAGGUGCUCAUCUUCCUCAUCCUCUCGGGGCACCUCCUGGUCUUCACCCUGGUUGGCAUCACCUACAAGACGUGGACCACUCCCAUCAGUGGCAGCACUCAAUCCAACAUUCGCAGCGGACUGGGCCCGUGGUCCGACCGGAUUGGCGUGCUGGCCUUUGCGCUGACGCCGCUGUCCAUCCUCCUCUCAAGUCGGGAGUCGUUGCUGUCGCUGAUCACCGGCGUCCCUUACCACCACUUCAACUUCCUGCACCGCUGGCUGGGCUACGUGAUCUACGUGCAAGCCGCCCUGCACACGCUGGGCUGGACCAUCGUCGAGGGUCGUCUCUACCAGCCCCAGCCUACGCAAUGGAACAGCUUCAUUGCCCAGCCGUACAUUAUCUGGGGCAUCGUGGCCAUGAUCCUGCUCUCCUUCCUGGUCUUCCACAGCACCAAACGCGGCAUCCAGCUGACGGGGUACGAAUUCUUCCGCAAGGCGCACUAUGUGGUGGCGAUGGUGUACAUCGGGGCCUGCUGGGCGCACUGGUCGCACCUGUACUGCUGGAUGCUGGCCUCGCUGGUGGUCUGGUUUCUGGACCGCGGUGCACGGCUUGUCCGUACCUUUGUGCUCCAUCACCUAAACCUCCCCGCGACGACGAACUCAUCCCAAUGGGGGCUGCACAUCCCCCACGCCUCGAUCCAGCUGCACGCCAACCCGGACGAUGGCGACAUCCUCCGUCUCGACUUCCACCAUAACCACGACCCCUGGCAGAUCGGCCAGCACUUCUUCCUCUGCUUCCCGCAGCUGAGUGUCUUCCAGGCGCACCCACUCACCCCAUGCAGCGUGCCCGACACCCUCCCCACGGGCCAACCACAUACCUACAUCAUCCGCGCCCGGAAGGGCCUGACCCGGGAGCUGGCGCAAACCGCACGUACACAGCCCCCUCCGCAACCCGGCGCCAGCGAAACAACCACCAUGACGAGCGCAGGCCCAACCACCCCGGUGAUCCUCUGCGGACCCUACGGGCAGUCCAUCACCGAGACCCGUGACGGAGUCUCCACCACCAGCAACAGCAACCUUCUCUGCAUCGCCGGCGGCACGGGCAUAACCUUUGUCCUGCCUCCAAUCCUACAGCUCAUCAGCCAGCCGGCCUCUCCCACGAGCUCAGACCACCUCAUUGAACUAGUCUGGAUCAUUCGCCGGCAGGCCGACAUGCAAUGGAUCGCGCCGGAGCUGGAGAUCCUGCAGCGCGUGGCGUCAAGCGCAGCGCACAACCUGCGUGUGCGGAUCUUCGUGACGCGCGAGACGGGGCCAGCCGAGAAGGAGGUCGAUGCAGCGGACCCUCCGGGCUUGGAGGAGAAAUCGCCCUGCUGCGGCGACGCGGACCUCCCGUUCACGGUGCAUUACGCCGGUCCUGAGACGACAACGGCGACCUCGCAUCCCGACCUCGACCUGCAGGUCGCCGAGUUCCUGGACCGUGUCGUGCAGGGGCCUACGCGCGUGCUGGCCAGCGGUCCCGCGGGCAUCAUCUCGACCCUGCGGCGGGCAGUGGCACGCCAUAAUAGGCCGGGGAAGGUGUGGCGGGGCGAGGAGCGGUGGGAUGUCGAGCUGGUGCAUGAUGAUCGCGUGGAAUGGUAAAUGGACAUGUUUCUUGGC